AUGGCUGAAAAAGAAACAACGAUCAUUAAAAAAUCAGACAUGAAAAAAAUCCUUCAAGAUAAUCAAGAAAUUGGACGCCUUUCUAAAGGAAUUGAUCAAGUAAUGGCAACAGUAGUUGAACAAUUUACAAAAGAUCUCAUCGAAGCAUCUCUUAAUGACGAUAAGACAUCUAUAGAUAUGGAGAAAUUAAUCUACGUUAUCAGCGAAAAUAAAAAAUACGACUUUCUUGAAACAAUGAUUCCAAAGUUCAAAGAACUAUCAGCUCCAAAGCGCAAAGAGUGA